GGGGAAUUUAUUUUGUGCUUUUCUUUUCUCUCUUUUUCUCUCUGAUUAUCAUAUUUUCUUCAUCUUUCUUCCUCGGUGGAUUCUGCGGGUAUUAAGAUUUGUUGAUAUGUUCCCCUAGCAGAGGUUUUCUCUGGGAGUGGGGAGAUUUUAUGAGCUCGAUCUGAUACUUAUUAUGGGGGUUUUGGGUUGAAUUUCUUCGACCUAUCUUCUUCUCGGAUUGUUUCAAUUUCUUAAUCGAGGUUUUGGAGAUGGAGGAAGAGACGGAUUCUGAGAAUCGUUUGACAUCGGCUGCUGCUUUUGUCGAAGGCGGGAUUCAAGAAGCUUGUGAUGAUGCUUGCAGCAUCUGCCUUGAGGAGUUUUGUGAAGCUGAUCCUUCUACGGUUACUGCCUGCAAGCAUGAGUUUCAUCUCCAAUGCAUCCUUGAGUGGUGCCAGAGAAGUUCUCAAUGCCCAAUGUGCUGGCAAGCUAUCAGCCUGAAGGAUCCCUCCAGUCGAGAGUUGUUGGAGGCGGUCGAACGGGAGAGGAAUAUAAGAGCAACUCCUGUGAGAAAUACUGCUGUGUUUCAUCAUCCAUCUCUUGGCAAUUUCGAGUUGCAACAUCUGCCUCUGGGCGUUAAUAACGAGCUCGAGGAGAGAAUAAUUCAACAUCUGGCUGCAGCUGCUGCGGUGGGGAGGACACACCAUAUUGGUAGACGAGAAGCGCAGAGGAGUCGGUCAUCUUCUCAUGGACAUCCUCAGUUCUUGGUUUUCUCCACUCAUCCUGGUGCGCCUCCUUCUGAGCAUGUUUUGGCCUCUGGAGUAGACACUGAGCCAGCUGGUACUACAGUUGCUAGUCCUUCGAGCCCACGAACACCUCAUGGGGACGAACCAUCUCAGCAUAUUGCACAGUUUCCGUCCAUUCGGACUGAUCAAGUUUCUCGCUCGGCAUCGGUAUCUAACUAUUCAGCCAAUGUACGAGGAGAUACAUCUGGCGUUCGAAUCUCCACUAGAGAUUCUCCAUCUCCAAAUCUGGAUAGAGCUGGGCCAUCUGAAUUUCAGUCAUUCUCAGAAUCUCUAAAAUCAAGACUUAAUGCAGCGUCCAUGAGGUACAAAGAAUCAAUUUCAAAGAGCACAAGAGGGUGGAAAGAGCGGCUAUUCUCACGCAGCACUUCCAUGUCGGAAUUCGGUUCUGAAGUUCGAAGAGAAGUAAACGCAGGAAUUGCCAGUGUAUCACGUAUGAUGCAACGUCUCGAAACCGGUGAGGAUGGUAUUACGAAUCAAGAUUCUAAUGAGCAGGGUGGCCACACUAGAAGGGAGAGCCACGCACAGAACUCUUUAAACGGUAGCAGUGCUCCAACUUCUUGUGCUGCAACAUCUGCUGAGCGUUAGCUCAUUACAUAUUAAUUUUGGGAACUGCAUUGGUCGUCAGCAUCUUAUUUCUGAAGGUGAACUAUAUAUAUGUAUAUAUCUCCAGACUUGAUAUUCCGAGGAACACGAACCAAACCGACGUGACACCUUUGCAGACAAAAAGGGACAGAAUUUCAUGUGUAGAGAGAGAGAGAGAGAGAUUGAUGUUGUUGAUUGUUGUCUGAACUGAAAAAUACAAUAAGGA